AACUGACGACCUAUUCAUGAGACUAUUCAGUGUUUUUUUAAAGUGACUAUACCUGUGAUACUUAGUGUAACGUAAAAAAUAGGUACGUAUAGCCUAUGGAAGUAUGAUGAGGAUUCUUUUUUCUUGUUAUCAAAAAUUACGAUGGCGGAACGGUGAAUAUUCACAGCAAAUGUUACCACAAAUUGGAUGAUAGGUACUGUAACAAUAGUAAAUAUGCAGAUAACCUUCGCUCUACUAGUGGUGAUAGCAGCGGUUCUAAGGCCGUCCAUACAAGAAUGCUUCCCACAGUUCGCAGGGAACCAACCGAGUCGUCAAGGGAGGACGAAUUUGUACUCUGGCCAACAGGAGUUUUCUCUAGCUUUGCUGCAUGCUAUUAAUAAGGUUAUGCCAGAACAGAAUCUUUUCUUCUCGCCAUAUUCGACCUACCAUUGUUUGUUGAUCGCGUAUUUCCUGACUGGAAACCAAACUGAAGGCCAUCUGAAGAAAGUAUUGAGACUAAAUGAGAAAGAGAACAAGGCUGACAUCUAUGGAGCUUACAAAACAGACAAGUUCCUCACCCAGCUGCUGGCGAGGAAUGCAUCUUACGAGUUUACAAAUGCCAACAAAAUCUACGUUUCUGACGGGAUUCCCAUCAACGAGUGUAUCAUCAAUGACUUUCCAGAAGAACUAGAAAGGAAAAACUUCAAACAAGAUCCAGAAAAUGCCAGGUUGUCCAUCAAUCAAUGGGUAGAAGCAACCACACAUAACAUGAUCAAGGACUUGCUGCCAGCAGGAACGGUGGAUACAAAUACAGACUUAGUAUUAGUGAAUGCUGCUUACUUCAAAGGCAUGUGGGAGAACAGAUUCAAUCCGGAUCUCACACAACAAGAGAUCUUCUACGUGAGCCCAUCAAAACAGAUCACUGUUGAUAUGAUGCACAUGGAAGGAACUUUUAAGCAUGAUGUGUCCGAAGCUCUUGGUGCUCAUAUCCUAGAACUUCCUUACAAAGGAGACAACAUAAGCAUGUUCAUCCUACUACCACCUUUCUCGAAUACUGAAAGCUCAAUUGACACGACGUUGAAGAGUUUGAACUUGGAUACGUUCAGGAGUGUGGUGGAGAACGAGAAUUUGAUCUCCAAGAAAGUACAAGUUGCUCUACCGAAGUUCAGCCUGGAGACUACUAUAGAACUGACGCCGGAUUUCAACCAAUUGGCUGAAAGAACUCACAUCAGAUCCCUGAGCAACAAUACGGUCUGCAGUCCUUUUACAAACUCCACCAAUGCCGUCCGGGGCACCUUUACCAUGUCCGGCCUCAUGGUAGUUCCAGGUUCUAGAAUUCAUGGGUGUCGGCGACCUCUUCCAGAACAGCUCAGACUUCUCAUACCUGAGCGAGCAACACGUCUCUGUUGAUAAAUCUUUGCACAAAGCGAAAAUAGAAGUGAACGAAGAAGGCACUGAAGCUGCAGCUGCGACUGUGUUGUUCACUUUCAGGUCCAGUAGGCCUUCUGAGCCUGCGCAGUUCAUUUGCAACCAUCCUUUCAUCUACCUCAUCUACGACAAAUUUCAAAGUGCUGUGCUUUUCGCUGGAGUGUUUCGAAAACCUAAUUGAUUCACUAGGAGCACAGUGAUGACGUACCUAUCCAGUUUUGUAAAAAAAGGCAUAGUGUUAAUUGCCUCUUAUCUAUAGGGUGCGACAAAACUCAAUGGCUGAUUGUUCAGACAAUUUUAAUGCUAUUCAUUUUUAGACUAUUUUAGGACUCUAACUGCAGAACUCAUAUUCUUCCUUCUUGAUAAAAAAUGAUAGCAUAAUUCUACAAAAAACAAGGGUUGAACAAUUAGUUUGUUUCCAAAACUGGGAUUUUUCCUAACAUUUCCUAAAGCGCCCAAUUCAUUUCAUUUCAUUGGGUCUUUUAAGAAAGAUCAUUGAUAAAGAUCACAAAACUCAUAUUUUCGUUUUUGUAACCAUUAAAUUUACGUACUUGGUGACAAUUACUUUCAAGCGGUUUCUAACCAUCAAAUAAGUUGGCCAAAUGACGUGUCAAAAAAGUAUCGCAUAAUUGUGAACGCCAAUCAGAAUUUGUUUCCUAUUUCUGAAAAUCGAUGUCAGAACAGACCUGUAUGAUGAUAAAACGUCACUUUAUAUUCAGUAUAAUAUAUAAUUCAGCAUUUGUUGUGUUUUGGUUUUCAUUUUUCAUCGCUCAGGAUUAAGAAUGAACAGCACAGUUUCAGAGCAAAUGUGUGAUUUUUUCAAUAGUAUUUAUUAGAUUACGUAAUUGGUUAAUGUAAUUGUGUUGUUAGACUAUAGUAUGGUAUGUGUAUAUUUAUAUAUUGUGUAAAGAGAUAUUAAAAAAAAA